GGCGGAAGCGCCGCGCGGCCGGGCAGCGGCGGCGUCUCCUCAGCAUGAAUUACCCGGGCCUCGGGUCCCCGCGCGGCCCCGAGCAUAACGGCCGGGACAGCGGCGGCGCCGCCUGGCAGCUGGGCUCGGAGGCGGAACCGGCGUUCCGCGGCAGCGUCCGCUGCUUCGAGCACCUGCCCAGCGGGGACCCGGGCGACGGCGAGGUGCCCCUGGCCCUGCUGCGCGGGGAGCCCGGGCUGCACUUGGCGCCCGGCGCGGAGGAUCACAACCACCACCUGGCGCUAGACCCCUGCCUCAGUGACGAGAACUAUGACUUCAGCUCGGCCGAGUCCGGCUCCUCGCUGCGCUACUACAGCGAGGGCGAGAGCGGCGGCGGCAGCUCCUUGUCCCUGCAGCCGCCGCAGCCGCCGCCGCUGGUGCCGUCGAACUCGGGGGGCUGCGGGGCUGCGGGAGGGGGUCUCGGGGAGAGGAAGCGCACCCGGCCCGGCGGCGCGGCCGCCCGGCACCGCUACGAGGUGGUGACGGAGCUGGGCCCGGAGGAGGUGCGCUGGUUCUACAAGGAGGACAAGAAGACCUGGAAGCCCUUCAUCGGCUACGACUCGCUCCGCAUCGAGCUCGCCUUCCGGACCCUGCUGCAGGCCACGGGUGGCCCAGCCCAGGCCGCGAACCCGGACCGUGGCCAUGUGUGCGGCCGGGCCUCCCCGGCGGGCCCGGCCUCCCGCUUCGGGGGGGACGACGACGACGACGACGAGGACGACGAGGACCGCGCCUGCGGCUUCAUCCCGCGCACCGCGAGGCGCGAGCCCGAGAUGGAGCAGCUGGUGAACGUCGAGCGGGUGUGUGUGCGGGGCGGCCUCUACGAGGUGGAUUUGACCCAAGGAGAAUGCCACCCGGUGUACUGGAACCAGGCUGAUAAAAUACCAGUAAUGCGUGGACAGUGGUUUAUUGAUGGUACUUGGCAGCCUCUAGAAGAAGAAGAAAGUAAUUUAAUUGAGCAAGAACAUCUCAGCUGUUUUAGAGGUCAGCAGAUACAAGAAAGUUUUGAUACGGAAGUGUCAAAAUCCAUAGAUGGAAAAGAUGGCAGUGGGAUCAACUAUUCUGUUGCCUACCACCUCCCUCCCUUCUCCCUCCCUUCUCUGUUCAAAUGGAGAGGAUAUAAGGCGAGUACAGAUGCGGCAGGUCUUAAACGAAAGCGUUUCCAAGCUGUUCAUAGUUUCAAGUUGAGUCGAAAUCACGUGGACUGGCACAAUAUGGAUGAAGUAUAUAUUUAUAGUGAUGCAACAACAUCUAAAAUUGCAAGAACAGUUACCCAAAAACUGGGAUUUUCUAAAGCAUCAAGUAGUGGGACCAGACUUCAUAGAGGUUAUGUAGAAGAAGCCUCAUUAGAAGACAAACCAUCUCAGACAACCCACAUUGUAUUUGUUGUGCAUGGCAUCGGGCAGAAGAUGGACCAAGGAAGAAUUAUCAAAAACACAGCCAUGAUGAGAGAGGCUGCUAGAAAAAUAGAAGAAAGACAUUUUUCCAACCAUGCAACACAUGUUGAAUUUCUGCCUGUUGAGUGGCGGUCAAAACUUACUCUUGAUGGAGACACUGUUGAUUCCAUUACUCCUGACAAAGUACGAGGUUUAAGGGAUAUGUUGAACAGCAGUGCAAUGGACAUAAUGUAUUAUACUAGCCCACUUUAUAGAGAUGAACUAGUUAAAGGCCUUCAGCAAGAGCUGAAUCGAUUAUAUUCCCUUUUCUGUUCUCGGAAUCCAGACUUUGAAGAAAAAGGGGGUAAAGUCUCAAUUGUGUCACAUUCACUGGGAUGUGUAAUCACUUAUGACAUAAUGACUGGCUGGAAUCCAGUUCGAUUCUAUGAACAGUUGAUGCAGAAGGAAGACGAGUUGCCUGAUGAAGGAUGGAUGAGCUAUGAAGAACGACACCUUCUUGAUGAACUCUACAUAACAAAACGACGGCUGAGAGAAAUAGAAGAAAGGCUAAAUGGAUUGAAGUCAUCAUCUAUGACACAAAUACCUGCCUUGAAAUUUAAGGUUGAGAAUUUCUUCUGCAUGGGAUCCCCACUAGCAGUAUUUUUGGCAUUGCGUGGCAUUCGCCCAGGGAACACUGGAAGUCAAGACCAUAUUUUGCCCAGAGAGAUUUGUAACCGGUUACUAAAUAUUUUUCACCCAACAGAUCCAGUGGCUUAUAGAUUAGAACCAUUAAUACUGAAACACUACAGCAACAUUUCACCUGUCCAGAUCCACUGGUAUAAUACUUCCAAUCCUUUACCAUAUGAGCAUAUGAAGCCAAGCUUUCUCCACCCGUGCAAAGAAUCUACCUCAGUUUCAGAGAAUGAAGGCAUUUCCACAAUACCAAGCCCUGUGACCUCACCUGUCUUGCCUCGCCGACACUAUGGAGAAUCUAUAACAAAUAUAGGCAAAGCAAGCAUAUUAGGGGCUGCUAGCAUUGGAAAGGGACUUGGAGGAAUGUUGUUCUCAAGGUUUGGACGUUCAUCUACUGCACAGCCAUCUGAGACACCUAAAGACUCAAUGGAAGACGAGAAGAAGCCAGUUGCCUCGCCUCCUACUACCACUGUGGCAACACAGACCCUUCCACAUAGCAGUUCUGGCUUUCUUGAUUCUGCAUAUUUCAAACUUCAGGAGUCGUUCUUAAAUCUCCCACAUCUUCUUUUUCCGGAAAAUGUAAUGCAGAAUAAAGAUAAUGCCCUCGUGGAAUUGGAUCACAGAAUUGACUUUGAACUCAGAGAAGGACUUGUGGAGAGCCGCUAUUGGUCAGCUGUCACGUCACAUACUGCCUAUUGGUCAUCCUUGGAUGUUGCCCUCUUUCUUUUAACCUUCAUGCACAAACAUGAGCACGAGGAUAAUGCAAAACCCGAUUUAGAUCCAAUUUGAACUCAUGAAGGACAUUAAUGGCCCAAUAAUGAUUUUUUUCUAUUAAAGUAUGUGUGUCAAGAUACAGAGAUUUCAGGUUUAAGUAUGUUUCAGUUUUGUUUAGAGCAAGAAAUAUUUGAAUUUAAAAGCACUUUAUUUUAUUUAAAAACAAAACAUUAUUCAGUCCAAAAGAAGUAAUUUACAGUUUUCAUCAUUUUAAUUACGAGUCUGAUAGAACCCCCUGCAGAGAAUCAAGUAAGACCUGGAAGUAAGGAACAUUUGGGUGAACUUCAAGGUUAUAAAUCGCAAUCUAAUUUCUCCCAAAUAUAAAGGCAUAUUAAUGGGUUGAAUGUAAUGUAUUAAUCAAAAUAUGUUAUAAAUCUAAAAUGGUCACUAUGUAGUAUAUUCUAUGUAAAGAUCAUAAGGUGGUAUCAUUGUUUUAGAUUUCCACAAUUCCUUUGAAAGAGGAGUAUAACAGAUUUAGUGUUUUGAAUUUAACUUGUUUAGCAAAACUAAUGCUAAAAAAGAAACAAUAUUUGAACUACUGUAUUUAUAAUUUAUUAUCUCUGACAAAUUGCUUUAUUUCAAUGUAUGAAACAUUACUUUUUUAAAUGUUUUCUUUGAACAAUUUAAGAAGCACAUUUAUUUUCUAUAGUGUUGAGACCCUUUUUUUUUCAGAACUUCAUCUUUGUACUCUUCAGAUGAAUAUAUAGACACUGUGGCAUACCUUGAGUAUUUUUUUUUUUCAUUAAAAACUUAUAGUUUCACACAAAUAACACUAGUUGAAUUAUUUUGAAAAAAAUAACCUUUUAUUAUGUGACAUGUAUCUCAGAGAAAGCUAAAGUCUUCUAAACUUAACAUAGUACUCCACAAGGAGUACAUUUCAUUAACUUUACUGGAAAAUUUAGUAAACUUUUUUGGAAUCAGGAGUAUGACAACUAUUUUAAAUAUAUAAACAUCUAUGUGCCAAACAACAUAAAUAAAGGGACAGAGUGCCACUAACAGGUUCUAUUUUAAAAGUGUUUCAGAAAACAUGAUUGAGACAUAAGGCACAAUAGAUCAGAAUUCCAAGGCAUUAGAAGAGUUUUCCUCAGCUUAAUCAUUUCCACAGUGCUUUUCAUCUGAGGAGCUCAAAGUGCUUUAAGAGUCAGUAAUCUAUGUAGUAGCUCCUCGAGGUAAGUAAAUGAGUGUUUUUCUCAUGUUACAUGUUAAUACCCUAAGGCACCAAAACAUGUAAAGUGCCUUGAAUUAGAUAACAGAGCAAAUCAGAAGAGCUCAGAUUGAAGCCAGACCAUAUUCUUUGAUAGCAAUGACUAAUAAUUCACAGGUUACCUCUUAGUAGUUUGCAAACAGUAAAAAGUUGUGAUUCCUAAUUUGGAGAAAUGACUGAAGCUGAUAUUUUACUCUGCUUGUCUUACACGUUCUUGGGUUCUCACACACAAAGGAAGAAUCACCUAGAGGGGAUCAGUAGCCGUCUCUGCCACAACCAUCCCUCACUUCUGAGUGGCUUCCACUAGGUUCCACUUAAGGUGCUGUCUUCACUUAACACACAAGGAUCUUUCUAGCUUCCAGAAACCGUCAGCCUGGUGCACAGUUGGCCAAUUGCACAUCUCGCCUUCUUUCUUUAUAAGGCAGUGGGAUCUGUGGCUUACCUGUAGGUUUUACUCAGCACCAUCAGUCCUCUUGUCUAUUUUGGCCUUUCAUUGAAUUUGCACAACAUAAAACACUCCUUUUUAGUGUUUAAAAAGAUCCCAAGGCUCCAUGACCAAAUAUGUGACUACGAAACCCUUGCUAUAAAAGGCUUUUGAUGAGAUCUUAGCAAAGCUGAAGUAAUCUCUUCUGAAUUUAGAGAUUCCUGUGAACUCAGGUCAUUUUCAUACCCUGCUUAUUUCCUAGGUCUAACUUAGUUCUCAGGAAAGUUCAACGCAUCUCAUACAACUGUUACUAAAUGCUUGAGCAUAUGUUGCUGUUGGUGGUAUGGCACUCAAAUGCCUAAGAGCUUUAAGGAAUUCAUUCUUAACCACUGGAGUGUGAAGAGCCCUUUUUGAGAAGAAAGUCUAUCAAAUAUUUAAGUUUAACCCUUUGCACUCGCUUGCUUUUUUCUCAAUUCCUUUAUUCUAAUGCUAACCGUGUCGAGUCACACUUGACAUCCGAGUGCAAAAGGUUAAUAUUGAGUAAAAAGAAAAUUAUAUUCCCAUGACUGUAGAAAUAUAUCGGCUUCCCAUUUUUCAUAUCCAGAAAAGAAAAUCAAACUUAACCACAUGGAAUUUGAAUCCUUGAAAGAAACAACAUUCAAAAUCCCCUUUUCAAAAUGAGAUAUCCCAGAUUACUGGACAGGUGUUUUGUUUUCAGCUCAUUACUUCAUCAACAGAGAUGGCAAUUCUGACUUCAUGGUACUCUUUCUUGUUUCCAUGUCUGCAUGUUAUCAUGUAAUGUACUUGUUUAUACUCAAGUAAUAUACAGAACAUGUAUGAUUCUGGCUUGAUUUAGAAGCUAAGUCAGUUACUGAGUAACAUUUUACAACUUUAUUCCAGCAAGUACUAAAUUGGCCAAAAAGAUUUGUUUUUUUAUACCAUUAAAAUUUUAUUCUCUA